UCGUAUGCAAAUCGAAAAAAUAAUUAACUUGUAACUGUUUAAGACAGGCCAAGUUUUAAUUGACGUUAAGAUUGCAACAGGAUCAGACGUUUACAAUUUAGUGCUUAAAAUAUUUUUACAAGCAGAUAUUUAAUUUAUUGAUAAUAAAAACGAUUCUAAAAGCAGUGAAUGAGAAAUACAUAUUUUUUUGAAGUUAAGCGGAACGUUUCAAAAGCUUCAUCCAAACAAGAAUCACAAAAUGUCCAAUCCCAGAAACACAAAAGCAUGCGGAAAAUGUGAAAAUCUUGCCGAUAAUGCUGAUGCUGUUACAAAUAGCUGUUCGAAAAUCUUUCCUGAUAAGAAAUACAAACAGAUACAGCCGAAGGGCAAAGAAGUAACGGGACUCACACAUGAAUGUGGAGUUUUCGGAGCAAUUGCCUGUGGCGAAUGGCCGACACAGAUUGAUAUUGCCCAGUGUAUUUGCCUGGGGUUAGUAGCGCUGCAACAUCGUGGUCAGGAAUCGGCCGGUAUAGCCACAAGUCAAGGCAAAACGGCUAAGAACUUCAGUAUCCACAAGGGAAUGGGAAUGAUCAGUAAUCUCUUCAAUGAUGAUUCCAUUAAGAAGUUAAAGGGUAACUUAGGCAUUGGGCACACACGCUACUCCACAUCAGCUGCAUCGGAGGUGGUAAAUUGUCAACCCUUUGUUGUACACACCGCUCACGGAGCUGUGGCGAUCGCACACAAUGGUGAAUUGAUCAACUGCGAAUCGUUACGCCGAGUGGUGUUAGAAAGAGGUGUUGGCCUGUCUACCCACAGUGACAGUGAGUUGAUCGCUCAAUGCCUCUGUUGUGCACCAGAAGAUGCCAGCGAGCACGAUGGUCCCGAUUGGCCAGCUCGUAUACGUCAGUUUAUGACUCUGGCACCACUGUCGUACUCACUAGUGGUCAUGCACAAGGAUAAGAUCUACGCAGUGCGUGAUUCUUAUGGAAAUCGACCGCUUUGCAUUGGUAAGAUAGUACCGAUCACUCUCGGACCUGGUAAGCCAGAAGAUGCGCCCGCCGAGGGUUGGGUGGUAUCCAGUGAAAGUUGCGGAUUUCUAUCUAUAGGCGCUCGUUAUGUGAGAGAGGUGGAGCCCGGUGAAAUUGUGGAGAUGACACGAAAUGGCUUUCGCACUGUAGAUAUUGUUGAGCGUCCGGAUUACAAGAAAAUGGCCUUUUGUAUUUUUGAAUAUGUGUACUUUGCACGCAGUGACACCACCUUUGAGGGACAGAUGGUGUAUUCGGUACGAUUGCAGUGUGGCAUGCAAUUAGCCAUAGAAUCACCCAUUGAAGCAGAUAUCGUAAGCUCCGUACCUGAAUCAGGUACGGCGGCAGCGCAUGGCUAUGCCAGAGAGUCCGGUAUACCCUUUGCUGAGGUACUGUGCAAGAAUCGCUAUGUCGGCAGAACUUUUAUUCAGCCCUCAACUCGCCUGCGACAAUUGGGUGUUGCGAAGAAGUUCGGCGCACUCUCUGUGAAUUGUGAAGGUAAGCGUGUGGUUCUGAUUGACGAUUCGAUAGUCCGAGGCAACACUAUUGGUCCCAUUAUUAAACUAUUAAGGGAUGCGGGCGCCAAAGAGGUACAUGUUCGUAUCGCCAGUCCGCCGCUGAAGUAUCCGUGUUAUAUGGGAAUUAAUAUACCAACAAGAGAAGAGCUCAUAGCAAACAAGUUGGAACCAGAUGAACUGGCAAAUCAUGUUGGCGCGGACAGCUUGAAGUACUUGAGUGUGGAUGGACUUAUCACGGCUGUAGAAAUCAACAAAGCAAACACCAAUCCCAUUAAAGCAGGCUACUGUACCGCUUGCUUGACUGGUGAGUAUCCGGGCGGCUUGCCAGAAGAGCUCAGCUGGUAACUUGGAUACAGAUUUUAUCCAACUGCAGAAAUAUUCGAAAAUUCGUAUUUUAGUAUUCAUAGCUCAUACAAAUACUCAUAUAAAAUGUAUAUUUAUAUUACUUAAAGUAGUUUUUAUUUUUAUAAUUCAUAAAUCGCAAAUAAACGUUUGUAAUCUGACUUUUCCACGGCAUCGUGAA